UAAAUGGUGAAAACUUAGGUGCAGUCGACUUCACGUGAAGUUAAUAGUUGAGAGCCGUUAAAUGGUUUGACUGAUUUGAUUAGAUUUUCAUGUAAUAGCUCUCAACUAUUAACUUCACGUGAAGUCGACUGUACCUGAGUUUUUACCCUAAUAAAUAUGGCACACCGUUAGGCCUUAGCAAUUUCAAGAAAGAGAAUAACUUUGAUUCGGCAACAAUGGUGUACCAUAUUGUGGCAGUGCCAUACCCUGGCAGAGGCCAUGUGAAUCCCAUGAUGAACCUCUGCAAAUUCUUAUUAAUUUCCUCAAAAAAUCACCACCAUAACCACGAGAUUCUCAUCACCUUUGUUGUGACACAAGAAUGGCAAACCUUAAUCAACAAGAACACCAAUCAUGCUCAUGCUGAUAGCAUUAGAAUCUGUAGCAUUCCAAACGUUCUGCCAUCUGAGGAAGUUCGCGGCAACGACUUCCCAGGAUUCUAUGAAGCAGUGAUGAGAAAGAUGGAAGCACCCUUUGAGGCAGUGAUUGAUGAGAUUGAUAGCAAUGUGAAUGUGGAUCUCAUCAUUGCUGACACUGAGCUUCUUUGGGCUCAUGCUGUUGCCACUCGUAGAUUGCUUCCUUUGGCUUUGCUUUGGACUGCUUCUGCUUCAGUCUUCUCCAUGUUUCUUCAUCAUCAACUCUUUCUGGAAAAUCACUCUUUCGAGAAUGGAGAAAAACGUGUAGAUUACAUCCCUGGCGUUUCCCCAUUAAGGAUAUCAGAUUUGCCUUCAAUUUUCCAUGACAAGAAUGGAAAAGUGUUGCAACUAUACUUGCAAUGCAUAUCAAAGGUCCAAUAUGCAAAAUACCUUCUUUUCAAUUCAAUCUAUGAGAUUGAACCAAAUGCAAUANACCAACAAUGA